UGAAACUUGGUCGCAAGAGAAGAAAGAGCACAAGGCACUCUCGGCUGAGCGGACCGGCAAACCACUGGCACAGGACUUCAGCACACACGACGCGACAGACGCGUUUAUGGCUUAUGUUCCAGCUACUUCACUCAAGAAUAGGACUACAUUCUGCUUCUAAUGUCUUCGGAACGUCAAGACACCUCUCGACAGAAAUAUCCUUCUUGUCAAACAACCAAGCGGCAGGCUUCCUAGCGUCCGCGAAAACGAUUAACUCGAUACCGAAGCCUACUGGACUGCCUGAGGUCAUCGUCACAGGCCGAGCCAAUGUUGGAAAAUCUACCUUGCUGAACUCUGUCCUCAAACGAAGGACACUUUUGAGCACGAGUAGUAAAGCUGGCCAUACAAAAGCCUUGAACUUCUUUCUUGUAGGCCCAGAGCCCGGAAAGUUCAUCGUCGUCGAUGCGCCCGGCUAUGGUGCACGAGGUCGGCCGGAAUGGGGAGAGCUGUUCGACCAUUAUGUCCGAACCCGAAAGCAGCUAAAACGAAUCUAUAUCCUCUUCAACGCGAAGCAUGGUCUUAACGCCUUCGACAAAGGAAUGCUUUCCCAGCUUUCGACCCUCCUGCUCGACGAGCAAGGUGUACAAACGUUUACUCUUCAAAGCGUCAUCACCAAGAUGGAUGACGUCCCCGUCGACGCUCUCCAAACCAAUCUCUCGCAAAUGAAGAAGGACAUCUGGGAGGCUGCGCCUUUGUGUCUACCACCUAUCAUUACCAGCGCGGAAAUGAAGCCUCCGUUCGGUAUUGAAGAGCUGAGAAAGAACAUCGAGAGUGCUUGUGAGCUCUGAG